AUGAAGACUACACAUCUUCUGAGCCAUGCACUCAGCCUUCUUGCGCUGGGUGCAACAGUUGAAGGCUUCAACCGAGACCGAAACCAAGCCUGCGGGCCUCACAAGCCGUUCCAGCCUCUGCCCACGAGCAAAUCCAGAAGCAAGACCUGUCACGUCCACAGCCAUGGAGACGGAUCCGACGAUUCGGAGUAUAUCCUGUCUGCAAUUAAGCAAUGCAACAAUGGAGGAAAGGUUGUUUUCGACGCCAACAAGGAGUACACCAUCGGCACAGCAUUGGAUCUCACAUUCUUGAAGCACAUUGAUCUCGAUAUUGAGGGAACGAUUCAGUUUACCAACGACACCGAUUACUGGCAAAAGAAUGCCUUCCAGCAGGUCUUCCAAAACGCAACGACCUUCUUCCAGCUCGGUGGUGAAGACGUGAACGUUUAUGGAGGAGGCACUUUGGACGGUAACGGUCAAGUUUGGUAUGACUUGUACGCCAAGGACGCUCUCAUCCUUCGUCCCAUCCUCCUUGGUGUUAUCGGCCUGAAUGGCGGCACCAUCGGCCCGCUAAACUUGCGUUACUCCCCGCAAUGGUACAACCUGAUCGCCAAUUCGACAAAUGUUCUUUACGACGGCAUCAACAUCUCUGGAUAUUCGAAGAAUCCUAAGGUCACUGCAAAGAACACGGACGGAUGGGACACCUACCGGUCUUCGAACAUCGUUAUUCAAAACUCCGUCAUCAACAACGGCGAUGAUUGUGUUUCGUUCAAGCCGAACAGCACGGACAUUCUUGUGCAAAACCUUCACUGCAACGGCUCGCACGGUAUCUCGGUGGGCUCUCUUGGACAAUACCUUGGCGAGGUGGACAUCGUGCAAGAUAUCCUCGUCUACAACAUUUCCAUGUACAAUGCCUCGGACAUGGCUCGCAUCAAGGUCUGGCCCGGCGUCUCGUCUGCUCUCUCCGAGGACCUUCAGGGUGGUGGUGGCAGCGGCCGCGUGCAGAACGUCACCUAUGACACCGCCUACAUUGACAACGUCGACUGGGCUAUUGAGGUUACUCAGUGCUACGGCCAGAAGAACCUGACACUGUGCAAUGAAUUCCCGAGCAGUCUCACUAUCUCAGACAUAUGGUUCAAGAACUUCCGGGGCAAGACAUCCGGAAAAAAGAACCCUUAUGUUGGAACGCUGGUCUGCUCAAGUCCUGAGGUCUGCUCCAACAUCUACACCGAGAACAUCAACGUCGUCAGCACCAAGAACACAAACGACUUUGUAUGCAAUAACGUUGACACUUCAACCCUGGGCGUCAACUGCACGGCGACUUCGAGCUAG